ACCGCGGCCACCAGCCUGCGCGCCCUUUCGCGACCGCGACACCAUGGCCCCCGCCCGCCUCCUCGCGCUGCUGCUGCUGCUCCUCGUGGGCGCCCCCGCCGCUGCCGCGGAGUCGAUCCGAGAGACCGAGGUCAUCGACCCCCACGACCUAGAAAGCCGGUACCCUUCCGGGCCACUGCCGGACGACGAGGAUGUCGGGGGGCCCGGGCAGGAGUCCGACGACUUCGAGCUCUCUGGCUCCGGAGACCUGGAUGAGCCCGAGGACCCCCGGGUGUUCCCCGAAGUCAUCCACCCCUUGGUGCCCUUAGAUAACCACAUUCCUGAGAGGGCGGGGCCUGGAAGCCGGGUCCCCUCGGAACCCAAGGAGCUGGAGGAGAAUGAGGUCAUCCCCAAGAAGCUCUCGCCACCUGUUGAAGGGGUCGAGGAGAUAUCGAACAGGGUGUCCAUGUCCAGCACUGCCCAGGGCAGCAGCAUCUUUGAGAGGACGGAGGUCCUGGCAGCUCUGAUUGUGGGCGGCGGCGUGGGCAUCCUCUUCGCCAUUUUCCUGGUCCUGCUGCUGAUGUACCGCAUGAAGAAAAAGGAUGAAGGCAGCUAUGACCUGGGCAAGAAACCCAUCUACAAAAAAGCCCCCACCAAUGAGUUCUAUGCCUGAAGCUUCCUACCGGGCCCUGGCUUGGACUCGAGGGGGGUGGACAGCGGAAGGACUGUGGAGGUUGGACGUUAGGGUAGGGGGAGGGCCAUCCGGAAUGGACCUGUCAGCAUCUUCAGCCCUGAUUACGUGACAAGGGAGAGGAGGGGCGUCACCUUCUCCUGUCCCUGCCUGCCUCUUCGUUCUUGGGGCCCCAAUGGUCCCAGCAGAACCAUGAGGCUAAACUUGGCCUUUCAGAAGACAAAUCAAGGAUUGGAUUAUUUCUUAACCUUUCAGUUUAGAAUCUAAGCCGGGCGUAGAGCCGGUACUGAUCACACCUCACCAGAACCGCCCCCCCACGGGGGGCUGUCCUAACAGUCCUGUUGGAGGGCUGACCCCUGGGGCCUUCCUCCCCACCCCCCCCCCCGACCCCUGCCCUUUCACAGCGGGUCCAGGAACUGGGAGCAGGAGUUAGAACCAUCCGCACCUUGAGAGGUGUCGGUCCAAGGGCCCCAUGUCCACACCACAGGGGCCCCUGUGGGGCACCUUGGGCCACGGGGCUCUUCCAAGUGUCUUUCGGAAAACAGGCUUUUUUUGGGGGGGGGAGGGUGAAGGGAAGCAGGGAGGGUGGGGAGAAGAGCUGAAAGUUCGUACUGAAAUGGAUUUGUAGAGUAUUUGUAAAUCUAUUUUUAGUGGGUUUUUUGUUUUGUUUUGGUUUGUUUUUUUUUACAGUUCAUUCCUCUCUGCCUGGGCUCGAGCGCACAGGUGCCAGGCGGCCCGGCUCUGCCGCACAUUCCCGCCCCACCUGCUGAGUUUGUAUUUAACGGGGUUUUGUUUUGUUUUUGUUUUUUUUUUUUUUUUGGUUUUGUUUGUUUUUCUCGAAAAUGAGAGAAGAGCUGGAGAUAUGAUUUUUAUUAUUAUUUUUUACUAUUUAUAGCCUCAGACAGAGCCUCUGUCUCUUCUUCGUCUUUGCCCCCUCCCCGUUUUAUAAGGCGCACCUUCCGCAGCCCUCUCUGCCCGUGGCUUGGACCCGUUUCGAAGCUGCCGCUGUACGAAGUGGCUUUUGCUGAGACCUAGGUUUCUAGCAGGUCCCAAAAUACAAUGCAAGGGAUGACAGGAUAUGUGUGUCUCUUUUCUUGUAAUAUAUUGUUACUCUUUCUUGGUUCUAGAAAAAUAGAUAAAUAUAUUUUUUCAGGAGAUAGUAUGAUGUUUCCCGUGUGAAGUUGCUGGACGGUUGAGGGAGUGAGUUCUGAUGUGGCCGAAGGGGUUUCUGCCUGUUUCUCUUGCCCCGUCCCUGGUGCCUUUCCCCUGGGCUGGGGUAGCAUGGGCAGAUGCUCUGCCCGCUCUCUAGCUUCUGCCUGGAGCCCGGCGGGUGCUCCUUCUUUUCUCCACAUUUAAGAGACAAUUGGAGCGCUGUGCCAGCCAAUGUGCUAGCCAAUACGGUAACCACCAGCCACAUGUGGCUAUUGCAGUCAAUUAAAAUUGCAUCAAGUUAAAAAUCCGUUCCUCAGUUGCACUCACCGCAGUUCACGUGCUCAGCUGCCACCUGGGGCCAGGGGCUGCCGCAGCCAGUGGGCCACAGGAGACCGUCUCCAUCUGUCUAUGGGGGCGCACUGCUGGCGAACCAAACUGGCUUCGAGAGUCACAGCCCCAGCUUGGCUGGGGGUGACCUUUGUCUCCCUGGGCGAAGGGAGGGGUGGGGAGGGCUUAUCGGGCCCCAGCUCGGGAACUUGUUAUGUUCCAGAGAGGAGAGAGGUUUGGUGGAUCAGCCUGGGUGGGCUGCCGUCUUCUGCCCCCACUGGCUGGGGUGGGUGGGAUCAGCCUCACUGCCUGCACCUUCCCCCACCCCGCCGACACAGGGCUCCCAGCUGGCUGGGUGCUCUUCUCCACCAGCACCCCCACCCCCGCCCCCACCCCCGUGUCCUUUCCUCUGGCUAUGUCGGAAGUCGGCACCUCCUGUAGCCCCUCACACUGUUGUCUGUUACUGAUUUUUUGAUAAAAGAUAAUAAAACCUGGUACUUUCUAGGU